UUUGAAUUGAACAGCAAUGGUCUUGAUUUUGAAGCAUACUGUCUAAAGUGACUGGUACCAGUUUUCAUAUUACAUUGGCGUAUUAAUUCCAAACAUGCAUGGUAAAGGUAUCCUCUACUUCCAGGUGUCCAGGAGCUUCACAUCGGAGACAAGUGUUAGAUCAGAGAAAAGCCAGCAAGCUGCAAAUAGACAUUGAAGCAGAAAAUAUUCCAGCUGUAAUUGAUCAUCCAACAACUGUAUCUCCAGAUGUGGACAAGGCUGGGACAGCACUACUGGAGAGAAAACUCAACUCCAACUGUGCUUCCUGUGUGGUCAGAUGAACAAGGAUUUGAUAAUCCUGCCUUCGAGGAAAGCACCGUGUCUGAGACUAUGCCCCCACCAGCAAGCCUGCCAGAGGGAGAGAUUACUACCAUUGAGAUUCACCGCUCCAACCCUUACAUUGAGCUGGGAAUCAGCAUUGUUGGGGGGAAUGAGACUCCUUUAAUAAACAUUGUCAUCCAGGAAAUAUAUCGGGACGGCAUCAUUGCCAGAGAUGGAAGGUUGUUGGCUGGUGACCAAGUCCUUCAAGUGAACAAUUUUGAUAUUAGCAAUGUAUCACACAACUACGCCAGGGUGGUCUUGUCUCAGCCAUGCACUGUGCUGCAUCUCACUGUGCUGCGGGAAAGGCGUUUUGGAAGCCGGCUUGUGAGCCACACGGAUAAUGGCUUACAGAGGGAAGAAAGCUUCCAUGUCACUCUGAAUAAAAGAGGAACCAACGAGCAGCUUGGUAUCAAGCUUGUCCGCAGAACUGAUGAGUCUGGAGUUUUUAUUCUGGAUCUCCUUGAAGGUGGACUCGCUGCUCAGGAUGGGAGACUUCACAGCAAUGACCGUGUCCUGGCAAUCAAUGGGCUUGACCUGAAACAUGGCACCCCAGAACUUGCUGCUCAGAUUAUUCAGGGUAGUGGGGAACGAGUCCAUCUGACCGUAUCUCGCCCUGCAAAGCAUCCUGCUCCUAAUGUGUCACGUGAAAUAAGCAAUGGACAAUCUCAUCACCAUAUGCAGCCCGUCUACCAUCACAGACCUACUGCACACAGGGAUCUUGCUCAGUGUGUUAACUGCCAUGAAAAGCAUAUUACGGUAAAGAAAGCCCCCAUGGAGUCAUUAGGCAUGACAGUAGCAGGGGGCAGAGGGAGUAAAAGCGGGGAGCUGCCAAUCUUUGUGACCAGUGUGCAACCUCAUGGAUGCCUAGCACGAGACAGCAGAAUCAAACGAGGUGAUGUUCUACUGAGCAUAAAUGGCAUCGAUCUCACCAACCUGAGUCAUAGUGAAGCAGUGGCCAUGCUGAAAGCCAGUGCUGCCUCCUCAGUCAUUACACUGAAAGCCCUGGAGGUGGAAGUUCUUGAAGAGCAGGCACAAGUAAAUGAAGAAAUGAGCACAAUCAGUGAGAAUGAGUAUGAUGCCAGCUGGUCUCCAUCAUGGGUCAUGUGGUUGGGUCUUCCCAGCUGUCUCCAUCGCUGCCAUGACGUGGUGCUGCGGAGGAGCAAUAUGGGGAGUUGGGGCUUCAGCAUAGUUGGCGGUUAUGAGGAGAAUCACACAAACCAGCCUUUCUUUAUUAAGACCAUCGUGCUUGGGACACCGGCAUAUUACGAUGGGCGACUGAAAUGUGGAGAUAUGAUUGUUGCUGUGAAUGGUUUAUCCACGGUGGGAAUGAGCCAUUCCGCUCUUGUCCCGAUGCUGAAGGAACAAAGAAGCAAAGUCACCCUUAGUGUGAUCUCUUGGCCUGGAAGUCUUGUGUAA